AUGUCCUCCAGACUGAAAAAAGCCCCUAUAAAUGACCCUUCAAGAUUUGAAGGCAACGGGAUCAGUUACAAGGCCAAGCUGAUAGGAAUUGAAGAUGUCAAAGAGGCCAGGGGUGAUCUGAUGUGCCAGGAGGCUAUGAUCAAGUUGAAAAAUUCAGUGAAGAUUUCUGGCGAGCACAAGCGCAAGAUCUUUGUGAAUGUAACACUGGAGGGGCUGAGGAUCAUUGACGCUAUCUCUCUGAUUGUCUUGCACAUUCACCCCGUGCACCGUAUUUCAUUCAUUUCUCGGGAUGCCACCGACACCCGAGCGUUCGGCUAUGUCUAUGGGACUGAAGAUGGCUUGCACAAGUUCUUCGCCAUCAAAACAGCAUCUGCUGCAGAAAACCUGGUGCUAGCCCUGAGGGAUUUGUUUCAAGUUGUCUAUGAGAUGAAGAAAAAGGAAUUGGAGGCUGCCAAGGAGAAACUGGACAAGCAAGAACAUACUGCAAAUGGAGAGAAGGAAAACUUGCAAACCUCGGGGGUAGGGUCGACCUCGGGGACUGGCCAGACCCAGACACAGAAAGCAAAUGCUGAACCAGAAAACAUUUAUCAGGUUCCCACUAACAACGCUCCCAUCAGUCCAGUGACUCACGCAGAGCAGGUAGCAAACCUGCUGGACCUAGAGGACCAGGCUGAACAUAUUCUCAAAGGCAUUGAACAAAUAAAAAAUCUGGAGUUUGACUCCAUGGAAAGGGAUUCCUUUGCAUCAUCAGCUUCAUCUCUGACUUCACCGCUAGCCAAACUGUCACCGUCACUGUCGUCAAACUCCAGCACUAGCGACGAUCCCUGGGGACUGUCUGCAGCUGCCACCCCAAACUCAGCUUCGUCUCUGGGUAACCUUGCUGGACUCCAGUCUGGAAGCUUCCAGCAACCCUUUGCAUCGACACACUUUCCACUGCAGGCUGGGUUUGGGGCUCCAGGAGGUUUUAACUCAACUAGUGCUGGCCUGCCGCUGACAAAGGAUCCAUUUGCCAGUGACCCGUUUGGCCCUCCUGUCCAACAGCCUCGGCUGCCUGUGUCUCCAGGGUUUGGCCUGGCCAGCCAAUAUGCUCCUGGAUUUGGUCAACCGUAUGGGCUGCAGGCCAUGCCACCAAGAUUGGGAAUGAUGCCAGGGAUGGUUCCUGGUGGCAUGAUGUCACCACCAGUUCUGGGCGCUAUGCGCAGCCCAUUCCUUGUGUCCCAGUCCCCAGGUUUUCCAUUGGGCAAUGCAUUUGGAGAAGAUCCAAAUAUUCUUCAGCCAAUGAAGAAGGAUGGUCGACAAGAUCCACCUGCUGGCAGCCUAGAGCCUAUCAAGCCGCCCACUAAAACUCGUGAGGAUCUGUUUGGUGACCUCCUUAACAUUCGCAAGUCUGCUCCCUCGACAGCCAGGUCCCCCAAGGACAUGUUUGCACAGAUGAAUGUUCCAGAAAGGAAGCCUAUGAAUGAAAUGAAGGCAUCAUUUCCUCUUUCUGCACAGAAUACACAGUCACAGGCUUCCAGCAAGUCCCUGUUUGACUGA